UAAAUGAGCCGGGCUCCCCGCGCCCGCUACUUCAGUGGGGCGAGCGCCGCGGCCGCUGGAGCAGCUGCCCGCACAGGUUCCCGCUCUGGCCUCAGCGCCCCUCGGUCCUGGGGGCAGUCGAUGGGACGGGGCGUCACGGUGCACAAGGCGGUGCACAAGGCGGCGCCCGUCGGGGGGCUCGGGCGUGCGGGAGCCCGCCAGGGGGCCUCGGGAAGGGCGAGCCACGGAACCUGAACCCUGCCCCGCCGGCGAUGGGGACGGAGCCGGGCUGCUGCCGCGCCGGGCCGUGAGCAUCACGCCGUCGCCUCCUCGCUGCCGCCGCGGCCCCAGCCGAGCGCCGGGCCGCCAGGGAACAUGGCCCUGGAGCAGCUGGGCUCAGCCCUCAAAGUUCUGUUAAUAACAAUACUUGUUGUGGAAGGGAUUGCAGUGGCCCAAAAGACCCAAGAUGGGCAAAAUAUGGGAAUCAAGCACAUUCCUGGUACACAGUGUGGCAUUUGGGUUCGAACUAGCAAUGGAGGUCACUUUGCUUCACCAAAUUAUCCUGACUCAUACCCACCAAACAAGGAAUGUAUCUACAUUUUGGAAGCUGCUCCACGUCAAAGAAUAGAGCUGACCUUUGAUGAACAUUAUUAUAUAGAGCCGUCAUUUGAAUGUCGGUUUGAUCACUUGGAAGUUCGAGAUGGUCCAUUCGGUUUUUCUCCACUUAUAAACCGUUACUGUGGUGUGAAAAGUCCUCCAUUAAUUAGAUCAACUGGUAGAUUCAUGUGGAUUAAGUUUAGUUCUGAUGAAGAACUUGAAGGACUGGGAUUUCGAGCAAAAUACUCAUUUAUUCCAGAUCCUGACUUUACUUACCUAGGAGGUAUUUUAAAUCCCAUCCCAGAUUGUCAGUUUGAACUCUCAGGAGCUGAUGGAAUAGUACGGUCUAGCCAGGUGGAACAAGAAGAGAAAACAAAGCCUGGCCAAGCAGUUGAUUGCAUAUGGACCAUUAAAGCUACUCCAAAAGCUAAGAUUUACUUGCGGUUUCUAGAUUAUCAAAUGGAACACUCAAAUGAAUGCAAGAGAAACUUUGUAGCAGUUUAUGAUGGAAGCAGUGCUAUUGAAAAUCUGAAAGCCAAGUUUUGCAGCACAGUAGCCAAUGAUGUGAUGCUUAAAACAGGAGUUGCAGUGAUACGAAUGUGGGCAGAUGAAGGCAGUCGACUCAGCAGGUUUAGAAUGCUGUUUACCUCUUUUGUGGAGCCUCCCUGUACAGGUAGCACUUUCUUUUGCCAUAGCAACAUGUGCAUCAAUAAUUCCUUGGUCUGUAAUGGUAUCCAAAACUGUGCAUACCCUUGGGAUGAAAAUCACUGUAAAGAAAAGAAAAAAGCAGGACUAUUUGAACAAAUCACUAAAACUCAUGGAACAAUUAUUGGCAUUACAUCAGGGAUUGUCUUGGUCCUUCUCAUUAUUUCUAUUUUAGUACAAGUGAAACAGCCUCGAAAAAAGGUGAUGGCCUGCAAAACUGCUUUUAAUAAAACUGGAUUUCAAGAAGUGUUUGAUCCCCCUCAUUAUGAACUGUUUUCACUGAGGGACAAAGAGAUUUCUGCAGACCUGGCUGACUUGUCAGAAGAAUUAGACAACUACCAGAAGAUGCGGCGCUCCUCCACUGCCUCCCGGUGCAUUCAUGACCAUCACUGUGGAUCACAAGCAUCCAACGUCAAGCAAAGCAGGACCAACCUCAGUUCCGUGGAACUUCCUUUCCGAAAUGAUUUUGCACAACCACAGCCAAUGAAAACAUUUAAUAGCACCUUCAAAAAAAGUAGCUAUACUUUCAAACAGGCACAUGAGUGCCCUGAACAGGCCCUAGAAGACAGAGUAAUGGAGGAGAUUCCUUGUGAAAUAUAUGUCAGGGGGCGAGAAGAUUCUGCACAAGCAUCCAUAUCCAUUGAUUUUUGAUCUUCUAACAUUGACAUUAAUAAUUAACUAUAUGUAUGCAGCCUACUGAGCACCCACACUAUUUUCAGCAGCCAACUGUUUCUUCUAUCAAAACUAGGAGUACCUUCAUUUGCCAUUAACCUAUUGUGAUGGUGAAGUUUUCAUUAUCUCAGGCAGUAAUUGUAUGUUAAGACAACCAAGGAGCUUAUUCCAUUUAGUAAAAUAAUAAUAAUAAUAAGCAUUUGUUGCUUAGUGUCAUAGAAACACAGCACCAGUUAAAGAGCAUUUGAAGAGGGGAAUGGUUUUGUUGAAUGAUUCUCAGGCUGCCUUUUAGUUUUAGCAACAGAAAUACUGCUCUUGAUUGAUAAAUCUCUUAAUUUGACCCACAGUAAUGUUGA